AGUAUAUGUGAGUCGCAUAUGUUGUUUUCUGUCGGAUUUAGAAAACAUGGGAUCUUUAAAUGUUUUGAAUUUAGAUAUACUGUCGUAUAGUUUUUGUAAUGAUGUGUUUUUACUUUUAAGAGUUAAACUUAGUUUUGCCUAGAACCAAUUCUUAUAUCAUAUACUAUGUCAACACUCAAAACAUCGGGAACUAGCUCGAGUUCAACGCUUACGACAACUGUUUUAAGUCAUGUCAAGUAUGAACAUUUGAUUGCUGGAAUUUCUGGAGGUGUUGCUUCCACGCUUAUUUUACACCCGUUAGAUCUCAUUAAGAUAAGAUUUGCUGUGAAUGAUGGGCAGACAGCUGCUGCUCCCCAGUAUUUGGGUCUCCGAAACGCCGUGUCAACUAUUGUACGAGAGGAAGGCGCUCGGGGUUUGUACCGAGGCGUGGCGCCCAAUGUGUGGGGCUCUGGCUGUGCGUGGGGGAUCUACUUCUUGUUCUAUAACACCAUUAAGACGUGGAUCCAAGGUGGCAAUGCGCAGAAACCUUUGGGACCUUCGUUGCAUAUGCUUGCUGCAGCAGAAGCUGGUAUUCUGACUCUGGCAAUGACGAACCCCAUAUGGGUUGUGAAGACGAGGCUAUGUUUGCAGUAUAAUGAAUUAGAUAUGACAAAAAUAUCAGACAGCAAGCGAUAUGCAGGCAUGAUGGAUGCUUUGCAGAAAAUUUAUACCCAUGAAGGGAUUCGUGGUCUGUAUAAGGGAUUUGUUCCAGGUAUUUUUGGUGUUUCUCAUGGUGCUCUUCAGUUCAUGACCUAUGAAGAAAUGAAGAACAGAUACAAUCAGUAUAAAGAUCUACCUAUUGACACCAAGCUAAGUUCAUUAGACUACUUGGCGUUUGCUGCAAUGUCGAAGCUGAUAGCUGCAUCUGCAACGUACCCAUAUCAAGUUAUUCGUGCACGACUGCAAGAUCAGCAUCAUAACUACAAAGGUUCUUGGGAUUGUGUGAAACGAACUUGGAGGUUUGAAGGAAUUCGCGGUUUCUACAAAGGACUGGUUCCAUACCUUUUGCAUGUCACACCCAAUAUCUGUCUUGUUUUCCUAAUUUAUGAGAAAUUUACAUCAAGUAGUUGAAAGUUAUUGUUACUAGUCAAACUGAAAUGUACAGUGUUGUUGUUUACAAAAGCUCUCUUAUACUAAGGUAAUUAUUUAUAUUCAAAAAUUAGUUUUACCCCUUAUGGUCUUUACCAAAAUCCACUGACACAUUGAGUUCUUAAAAUAUUUAAAUAUGUUUGAAGUACUUCAAGUGAUUGUAAAUUUUGUAUAUAAUUCUAUGAUUUGCAAGUAAACAUUUGCCGGAAUGGCUUACAUAUAGUUUAGAAUACUUGUUAGUUAAGUUGUGAAGGGAGGUAAGGUAGAUGGUAAUCAUCAAAUAAUAUCGUGGCAAACAUGAACCUAUGAUUCCAACAGUCACUGAGGUACUUAUUUUUAUCUCAUGAACUCUGACUUGCUCUGCUUUGAGGUUCGCAGCUUGUGUAAUUUUUUUUUUGCAUUGGUACACCAAUCCUUCACUUAGCACGGCUUAAAAUUGCGCGAAUUCAUUUAGCGUGAUGUUAAUUUUAUUGCCCCAGUCGUGAAUAGCAUGUCUGUAAAUUUCAGUUAGCACGAAAUCGCCAUAGGCAAAAAAAAAAAAGGUCGGGCAUGACGUCACAAAGUCUGCUUCAACUCAGUAAAUAACAGAUGUACCGUGUCAUACAGUUAGCUUUACGACGGGGGAAGAGAUGCGUGCGUAAUUGACUACGCUGUCGGCUGUUGUACAAACAUCAGCCGUGGCAAGUUCAGUUACGGCAUGGAGUGUAAAGGACCAAAUGUUUUUUUAUCCUUGCGUAUGCCGCAGUGCCGUACUGUUGUCGCCUGGCCACAGACCGGGCCAUGACGAACUUCAGUCUAGCCAGUGGCAGGGAACUCGCAUGCACAAACACAAAGCAACGUCUCUGCCCACUCGUCUGCCGGUAACUUCACGUGCGCAACACCUGCAGUUGAAAUCAUAUUGGAAUCAUGGCUUCCAAGUGGGAGCGUAAUGCAUUGUGUUCAAGUAUUUGAGACAAAACUGGAAGUAUUACGGCGUGCAGAAUGUCAUGAAGGCCACACUUAAAGGUUGUUAAAUGAAUAUUGCAAUGAAAAAAACCAAUCACGGGCCUGAAAGGAUUGGUGUUAACCAUGCGGUGAUACGCUAAUAACCAUUUAAAUUUUUUUAAAAUUAAAAUGAAAAUAUCCGGACAGUAAUAUCGGUUUCACUGCCAGUAAAUGAUGAUUUGGAAAGUUCGUGGAAAGCUACGUGACGUGAGUUGAAGGUCACUCCCGGGCGGGAAAGUUGACCAGUCGACUAACGAUAAGUACCUUUACGCAAUGUCGUAUUUGUCAUACAAAGUAUUCAAUGAUAGGCUUAUGAAGAUAAAUGGUGCUAAAUAUUUAUCGUUGAGUGUUAUUCUACGCAUUUAUAUUACUUGAAGAAUAUUUCCCUACAUAUUUUGGAACACAUUGAGUAAAUUAGCCUUGCUAUUUAUGGAGACCAGUGCUUCAGAAUACGCAAUUUCGGAUAGCACGAACAUUUUUAGGAACGCAUUAGUUGUGCCAAGUGAGGGAUUGGGUAUUACUAUUAUGAUUUUAUUAUGUACAAAAGCUUAAAGGAAUAGAUUCUACAAUUUUAAAUUGUGCUUUGAACCACUUAGCUACAUAUUUGUUGUUCAUAGAUUUAAGUCAUGCUUGUUUUGUAAAAAUAGGCUUUUAGGUACAUGAUUAACUUAUUGUUUGAUCUAAGAUGAAGUUUUAGACCCAUGCCAUUGCUGAUUUACACUAUAUGUCAUAAGAAACCUCAAUAACAGACCAGAAAGAUCAUCGGGUGAUGUAAAAAAAUGAACAUUGAUAGCCCAGAAAAUUCAGUCAAAAAAUUAUUACAGCACAGAUGGACACACGAGACAGUAGCAGCAAGAACAGUAAGUAUGUAAAUGCAGUAAAACUACCUUGAACAUAGUGACAACACAAAGAUGCACAGGUGAAUCCAGCGAUGUAACAAAAUAGAUGUUUUGGACACCGCAAUGACUACAGAACAGACUAACUCAGAAUGCUUCCUAAGACACAGUUGUGAUGUUUUGAAAACUAUGAUCUGUUCCCGCCCUCAGACACAGACAUCAUUCUUGUUGUCUUGGAAUGCCUAUUGUAUUCCUCUGUGCUGUCAUGGUGUCCAGAAUAUCUGUUUUGUCACAUUGCUGGGUUCACCUGUGCAUCUGUAUUAUCAUUGUGUUGUCCAUUUUAUCCGUCUAGUAUCGUUGGGUUAUUCUGUUUGUUGUUGUUGUGUCCAAGGUUGUUUUUUUUUACGUGACGUCUAAUAAAUCGAUGAACGCCGGCUGCACGCACAAAAAAAGUGUCCCGUUAUGCACAUUGUCCCGUUUUGCUGUGUCCCAUUACACUCAUUUUAUAUUGCUCUUUGCUGACCUGAACAUCGUAGCAUUGCGACCGAGUCCGUGGCGUAAUUCUGUUUUCAUGCAUUUUAAUGUAACAUUUUCAUUGCUCUUUGCUAACCCGUUCCUCCUAGCAUUGCUGCAGAGUCCGUGGUGCAAAAAAAUAAUUUUUACUGCAUUUUGGUGUUGGGUAAGCCAUUUUCCUUCACAUCAUCCUUGAAACACUCCCAUUCGUUUCCUACUUUUCCUAUCAUCGUCCUAUCCUUAACAGAAUAACACAGAUUGGAAGAAGUUAAAUAGCUAACAUGUAUAAAAGUUAUAGUUAAAAUAAUCUCUUCGUUAAAGUAAUAAACAUAUUUGAAUUAAUGCGUGCAAAUAAAAGUAAAUUUAUCAAUUAAAUUGUAGAUUUCAUUUCACUCCUUCUUUGUAUCCAUACAAAAUAGUGAUAAUUCAAUAAAAAUGAUUAAAUUUUAUUCAUAAAAGUAUGCAAUCAUUUCAUCAAUGUUUUGUUAUGACGUCACAAACUAUCGUCCGUAAACCGACUUUACAGACAACCAAUUUUUUUAUUUGCUGUUCUUGUUGCUACUGUCUUGACCUAUGUCCAUCGGUGCUGUAAUUGUGACUAAUUUCUUCAGCAGAAUUUUCUGUGCUGUCUUGUGUUUUUAAUUUUUUGACAUCACCUGAUUUUGGCUUUUUUUUUCUGUGUGUUUGCAUAUUUAUCUUUCUGGUCUGUUAUUGCAGUUUCUUGUGACAAACAGAAUAAUCAGCUAUGGCGUAUGUCCAAAACUACUGUAUUUACCCACGGAUGGGUCACAUAUUUGAUACCAAUUUUGUUGUUUAAUAACAUGUACUGCGACCCUUUUUUUUAAAUUUUUGGGCAAAUAAAAAUAACAUUGCACUGUUUGGUCGAAUAUGUGCAUAAAUAACUAGCCUGCGUUGAAUUUUAAUAAAUAUGUUAAUGCUUAAGUAUAAAUUGUUUAGUUAAAAUAGAUCAGCAGUGCUUCUAAAAUAUCAUGAACUGUGCCGUUAUGUGUCUGCUGCCUGUUGGGUGACUACCUGGUUGCCACCAGUGACGUGACUGUCUGUUGCCGGGCCGGCACUCGGCAAGAGGGGAAAAUCGAGAAGUAAACCAUCCAGAGACUGACAAAGAGGAAAGGAGUGCAUAAGUGUGGCCAUGCAGCAGUGUUUAUUUGUUCUCCCUCCCUCUCUCAUCGUUGUAAAUGUCCGUAAACUGGCACCGUACACAACCGUCACGUCUAUCUCGUCAGGUUGUAACGCAACUGUAUCCAAACAUUGUUUUUGGUGUGAGAUUUCCCACGCUUUCUACUGCAACAUUCCAUGACAAAACUGCUGAAAAGGGCGUUCUUUUUUUUUUAUAGGAGGAUCGGACAAAAAAAUUGAGGAGCAUGCCAUUUUCUCCCUAUUGGGGAAGAGACGGGUAAAAAAAAAUGUGAUAGACGGGAAGGGAAACAUGAGUAUUAAGAUAGUAUUCUUGGGCCAUAAAGGCUGAAAAGGGGAGAGACGAAGAACCGAAGAAUCGGUGCCGUUUUUUAAACAGCAAUAAGCUGAAACACGGAUCAUGAAGACUUUACUUGUAUUCUACUGGAGACAGAUUUAUAGUGCUACUAUCUAUAUUAGAGGACAACCCUUACGGUGAAAAGGUUAGAUUUUUUUGCCCAAAAUUAUAGACGCCGACCCAUACAUAGGAGCGACCCUUCUGCGGGUAAAUACAGUACAUCUUGAAUCACUUUUAUCCAUUGCAAGAAUCUUUCAAAGAAUGUAACUUAUUGUUUUUUUGUUAAGUUUGAUAACAAUUACAAUACUAUCAUAACCAUAAGCUUGUUUAGACUUUUAAAUUUCAGUUGUGUUGCUGUGUACUGUUGAAUGUUUUUUUUUUAUGUGCAGAAAAAGUAAAGGUUUCAAAACCAAACGUAUAUAUUUUUAAUAACUUGUUCACAUAAGCCCCAGGCUCAGUAUAUCAUUUAUUUUUUCUUCACCUUUCACAACAUAAACAUCAAAAGUUGGAAUAAAUGUGGUUUCACUGUCACACAGUGACUUCAGCUUUACGACCUUCUUUGUUUAUGGUUUGAAUUGAAUCAAAUACAUCUCCCAAAGUUAAGCAUUGCAUCAACAGUUAUGUUAUGCUAUGACAUGAUUCAUAUUCUUGCUAGUUACUAUCUUUUACAAACAUUAUUAUUGGAUUAACUUUAAAAUAAGGUUAUCUUGUAAUUUAUUUGCUGUUGUCUGCGAAAGCUCGAAAAUGUUCAAAGAAUCUAAUAUCUUGGGGCAUUGUUGAUGUGGUUGGGGGAUUCAGUUACAGUUGUUAAACGAUUAAUGGGCACCACCAUGUUUAAGGGGCAUGGACCAGGCGAAGACUGUGUCCUCUGGGCAUGACAUGCCUCAUUUCCCCCUUAGUGCAAUUACCACUGAUACUUGCACUUGGCCCAUUCUCAGCAUCAGGCACACUAUAGACGUUAAUGAAGUGGGCUGUUAUUGCUGCCCCACACGCCGGGCUGCAGUAACUCUUACACAUGUGGGCGAACGCAGAGAAACACAAUAGUUGCGCUACUGAGAUUUAACACGCACCACUGCGCCACAUAUGCCUCAUGCAAAUAAUUAUAAAGAAAGGUUGUAACUGCAUAAACGUCUAACGGAGCGACUGGUUUACAUGAUGGCCACCUCGAGGUUGGAUACAAGAUUCCUGUUAUUGACCAAACUUCGACUAGCGGAUUACUAUUUAAUUAAUUAAGCAGUCAGGCCUCUCGGGUAAGCUUUGAGGAAGAAAGAAAAUCAUUUGAAUUAAUUAAAGGAGUCGGGAUGACAAAGAUCGGUUGCGAUACAAAGACGGAAGUCAAGUGUCGUACCUUGCGAGGCGAUGUGAAGCGACGGCCCCCGAGGCCGGACAGCAUGUUCCGACACCAAGUUGAAAAAACAGUUAGGCCAUUCAAACGUAUUAAUAUUAAAACAGAAUUACACUCCUAAAAUUAUGACAUAGUUAUUCCAGCCUCAAACACAUGUAGGAAAUUUACGUAUUACAAUUGCAGCUAAAAUAUAAUUAAAUGCUUACAUUAUUUACAAUUGUUUUUAAAAAUUUUAUUGUGAAUGAAAAUUAUUGCAAAUUAAACUACAAUUCUAUAGAUAAAGUUGUAUGCAAUAGAGUUCUUCAUCCUACAAAUAAUACCACGUAUCCAAAAUGUUUAUUCAUUUCAGUUUUUGCUACAAUCCAGAAAAUGAGUUUAGCACCAUUCGAACAAAACGUGCCACAUUUUUUUACAAUAUUCAUAAAUUACAUUCUUAAUAAAAGAAAGAACUUAAAUAGGUACUUGCAGAAAUUUCCUUUUAAGAAUGUAAAAAUAAACCAUAUAACAUGUCAGCAGCAUUGGAAAUAACAUCGCAAAGUCGUGUUUAUAAUUUCCAAAUAUACCUAUAAAUGAAGUUAUAAAAUGCCAAAAUUAUGAUACAUAUUACAUCCAAAACUCUCCCCGGAAACUAAAAUUAGUUGGCGACUUUAUUUUAUAGUAUCAACAUUCACAAAAUUAUUUAACCGUUUAUUAAGUCAUCACUUCAACUACACAAAUGUAGUAGUUUGUUUAACACUAGGAUUUAAAAAUGUUAAAAUAUGCAGCAGAAAUCUUCCUACACAUUAAUUAUGAUAAAUUAUCAUUAUUUACAAGCAGCACAAAUCCAAUUCCUCUCUAAAUUAAUGUAGAAGUUUUAGGGCGGUAUUCCAAGACAUUCGGGUAAGGUAGCAAAAAAGCACACCCUUCUUUGUUGGGAUACAACCGUAACCUAAAUCAUAGAGCAUUUGUCGAAACCCAAUCCCUGCUAGGUGACGAAAAAGCAACCGUUUUAAUAAACUGUGCCCUGCACGAGGCUAGAAAAUGAUUUCAAUGCAUUAUGGCGGACUUUUGGCAACCAUAGAUUCAUUUGCUACGCCAAAUAUCCUACAGAUAGCAGCACUAUCACAUGAAUUAAAUGGUGUAAUUUUAAUUUUCUCAGGUAUUUUUAAGGUUAAAAAUUAUUUGUGUUUGUAACCAUUAAAGUGUACAAAAUGUAUUCUAGGAUAGUUUUGCUAUCAUAAAGUUUCAUUUGGCAUACCAACACGCAUGGUAAACCCCCCUCCCCUCCGAAUAAUCACAAAAAUUACUAUAUACGAGUUAAUGGCGACAGAUGCGGUUCAGCCAUCUAGAAGAAAUCAACGAAAAAGUCAACUCUCAGCAUGCUCUGAAUUUGGGAAAACAAUCAGCAAUGGGUCACCAAAAUCCGUUGCUUAAAAAUAAGGAACCGACUGUCGUAUCUUGUACUAGGAAUAUGGUUAGAGUACAGGUGUAGUAUAUUCAACACCUAAACCCUUAUUUUUUGUUUCUUCGAACAUCGGGCUUAUUUACUUACUUACUUACUUACUUACUUACUUACUUACUUACUUCCGAAAACCGUCCGCCAUAUUGAUUUAGGAGGCCUUAAGGCUGGGAUCUGGCGACCUAAUUCCUGACAGCUUCCUUUACUUCAAAAUUAGGACAUAUUCAAGAAGGGAGGUUGAAGGAUGAUUCUUGCAGGGUAGUUAAGGCUACCUUUUUAGUUUUAGAGAACCUAAAAGAUGAAGGGAGAUCUCUGCAUAUGGCUAUUGAGAGCCUGAGUUCCAAAUCUAUUCCCAUCCUUACAAAGUGAGAGUGAGUAAAAUGCAUGGAACUUAUUUUAACUACACUUCAAUGUUAAGAAUAGAACUUUUAUUGAAAUGUGGAGUGAUUACCUUUAGUAUUAUGAAUUUUCAUGGAAAACUGUACCUAUGUGCCAAUUUAUUGGUAUUGAUAAUAAAGAUAUUGGACUAAA